UGGAGCGAGCUCGCCCAGAAAGUCCCUGGCCGCUCGAACAAAGACUGCCGCAAGCGGUGGUGGAACACGCUGGCCGGCGGCAAGAUCAAGGGCGUCUGGUCGCCGGAGGAGGACAAGCGACUCAGCGAGGCGGUGCGGGAGCAUGGCAACAACUGGACUCAGAUCGCCUCCCUCGUGGGGUCUCGCUGCGCCGAUCAGUGCUCUAGUCACUGGCGGCAGGUGUUGCGGCCUGAUGUCAGUUAUUGUAAUUGGACUGAACAAGAGGUAAUCAAACUCCUCAAGGCGGUCCAAACGCAUGGCACCAACUGGUCGGCGAUUGCGGCAUUUCACGACCCUCCGCGCACGGGACUGAGUUUGAAGAAUCGAUAUACGAGGAUUCGGGCGAAGGGGGAGAGUGCAGCUCCAUCCGUGCUG